GAUGAAUCAGUUGGUCUCAACUCGUGCUUGCGAAAGGUUCGGUGUUUGUUGCAGCUUCUGAUCAGGUGUGUAAAGUGUUCUACUUGGUCGUUACUUUCAGUGUGUUUCUUCCGGGUGUCGUUUUUGGUGACUGUGUGUUGUUAUCAGCGAAGAUCUGCGUGCGUGAGUUUAUGUCGUGACUCCACAGGGUUCUUGGCUUGGUUUUUGCGGCUAUUACUCUCACCAGGUCAAGUCAAGCCAGGACGUUUCACUAAAGCAAAUGCCAUUGAGCCGUCGAAACAAUCGCAGAGACUAAUCGUGGGUUAGCGCAGAAGAAAGAUGUGCAUUCCAGGAAAAUUCUUCGAAGCAGAAUUGAGUUCGUAAAAAAAAGAAGAGAAGCGCAGUCCAUUUAUGGGAAGAAUGGUGCAUUGAAAGAACGAAACGAAAGAAGGAAAAAAUACACAUACGAUACAUUAUGCUAAUUGAGGUGCUCAUUGUUGACUUACCCAAGCUCGGGGUCUGCGAAUGUGUAUGAAAAUUAAAUAGUGUGAACAUUGCGCUUUCCGGGGUUCAAGCAGGUUAUCACCUAACGAUAUCGAGUGCAAGUGAUUGAUUAUAAUUAUAGCUGUUGCUACAAGAACGUUACUUUUGGCGUGUCUGAUUCAAUUCACUUUUCAGAGCAUUUCAGAAAACGAAAUGUACAAAAUCAGUCUUGUGCGGUGAGCCGGGGUAAAUUUGAUACUGAUACUAGUGGUUAGCUGGUGCGGAAGAAGACUAAUUAUUUUCGGUGUUACGACUCUGGCGUUGAAAGGUGGUGACUUUGAAGUGUGCUAUUUGUUAUUUCGCUGACGAUUCAGAUAGUCGCAGUCAAUCAUCGCGGCGUCAGGAGCGCACCAGAGGGCGCGGCGGGUGAAGUGAAAACGGACAACUCGAAAGUGCCUACUUGGUGAAAAGUCAAAAAAAUAAGCACGCGUUAAAAAUCAUCAGCCCAAUGGAAAGCGAGAAACGUUAUUGUCGAUCUCAGCUGAUUAUUAUUUAAUCACUUCACGUGUACGUGUGUGUUUGUGUGCGUACGUCUGUGCAAAGCCGCAGCCUGCAAAAAGUGCAACCAUAGGAGCAUUGGCUAGCAGCAAUUACGAGAUUCGAGAUAGCAAAGCAUCGACUUAUUGGCACCGGUCGUUACACGUACACCGGGACGUCCCGCAGCCUUCGCCGGCAGCUUUUGGUUGGAGGGAAAUAUGUAACAGUGCCGAAGGAAAAGCGAGAAAAAUAAAUCGAACCCGGUUAGUGAUUGCGGUUGGCUAUAAAAAGAGAAAAAUUAUAAUAACAGAAAAUAAAUAAUAAAAUAAGAAAGGAAAAGUGACGUAGGUAGUGGCGCGACUGCAUCUCUUCGGGUUAGCUGCAACUGGUUUCGGUUUAAUGGAGCGGCAACAGUUCUCGGCUCCGAAUGGGUACGCAGUUUGGUACCCGCAGCUUAUGGGAAAGUGAUGAUUUAUAAUAAUUUUUCAUUUUUAUAGAGAUUGGAAAAUAUAGCAGUAAAAAGUUGAACGGAACGUACUAUCACGGAACUUUUCUCGGUGCGUACUCGUGAGGUUUUGACAGCUUAGCCUUUAAUGUGCUACUGGGCAGUAAAAUUAUAAUUGAAACCUUAAAAACCAGGGUAGAUAGAGCACACAGUGAAGCUUCAAUUUAGAUUUAUUGGCUUUACUAGCCCGUGAGCCUAGAUAGAAGCGGUUUUUUUACUCAAGAAGAGCACAGGAAAGUCAUAACAGCCGCAAAGUGUCGUACAAGGGGAGAAUGCCUCCGGGUAAUCAACCGGAGACGAACGGGUCCACCGGUCCGCCAAGUCGAACGCCAUCCCUCAUGGAUAGUCCGACACUGGCUCGGGUCGAACGGGCCCGACUCAGACAGGAGGCGGCAGCCGGAGCGAACGGAAGUUUUAGUAAUCAACAGCAACGGGAAGAUAGCCUGGAGCGAGCGCUGCUGGAUCCAAAGAAGUCGCUGCUAAUUGGACGCAUCCCGGUAGCCCAGAUGACCGGACCGAUCAAACGGGGCUUGCUGUGGCAGCAGCGGGACCGACUUUUCUCCAGAUGGAAGGAAAGAUAUUUCAUCUUGACACGUGACUAUCUCAACUGCUUUAAACGAGCCUCCGGAUCGGGAUCGGAGAAAAUUUCCGACAUGGGCCAGUUCAUUUUUAAGAUAAAACUGGUUGACGUUGAGAAGGUCGAGUGGAUGAACCGCAGGUCGUACAGCGCAAUUGGCUUGCUUCUCGGUGCGCGAGAAGGUCGCGUUUUAUUGCGCUGCGAGCAGGGUCUGGAGGACUGGUUUGAGCUGCUAGAGGAGUGCACCCUGAGCAGCAAGGAACGGCGUCGGGCGCUCCGGCUUACCCAGGGACCACGCUCGCGUGCCUCUUUGGCAGCACCGGUUUCACACGCCUCGCUGCAAAACAACCACUUGGGCCUAGGAGGAACUUACUCGGGUGCGAUUGAGGACUGGUUGAUGUCCAGGCACCACAAAACCGCUACCAAUCUGAAUCACUUGCACUUCCUGCACUCGGACUCGGUGCCGGAUCUGAGCGCCAUCAGCGAGAAUGGGCUGAUGAAUGGAAUGCUGACAAAUCAAUCCACUCCUAAGAAGGUACCGAACGCGAGACAUAACCAUCUUGGUAACCCCAACAACGGAUAUAGCAGUAGCAGUAUCUAUAAUGGGUUCCCGUAUUCUCCGCUCAAGAAGUUGUCCGAUAACUUCAUCAACGGAAACAGCACCUACAUCAUCAACGACGAGGAUGAGGAAGUCGAGUUGCGCCGCGGUGGUCGUUAUCGUGAUAACGAUGACCUAUACAGACGCCCUCUAGGGCCUACAGGAAACGAAACCAAGAGACAUUCACUGCUCACAGAUUUGGACUAUUCCGCAUGUGACAGUGGUCUUGAUACGCCACCUUCAACCCACCGUCCGUCGAGCUGCCGGGACAACAUGUAUUUGGUGGCCGCCUACAACCAUCACAACCAAAGUUUGAAUAAGGAUAAAACCACAGACACCGGGAUCAGUUCCUCACGCGGUACUCUGGUCUCACCGGCAAACAGUAUCCGUCAUGGGUUUCUCAACAACAACAAUAACAACAUGAAUAGCUAUGGCUCGAGAUACAGCGUACAGGAGCAGAAGAUUCUCCGAUCUCGCAAUCAUCCGGAGGACAACAAAAAUUCGAUUCGUUCGAUUCGUGCCGAGUUUUUCGAGCAGAACAAGUAUAAUAACAACAGUACGAACAACAACAACAGUAGUCCGAUUACGAACGGACAUUAUCAUCCUCACUCGCAACAUCAGGGAACUAUUGGCAGCAAUGGGAAUAUUCACCAGCUGCAUCAUCAAUUGCUGCAACAACAGCAGCAGCUACAGCAUCAACAGCAACAUCACGUUAACGGGUUGAACAAUAACAGCAACGGACAUCACUACAAUGGCAAUAGUAUUAACGGUAGCGCCAACGGAAAUGGAACGGCGGCACUACGCGAACGCUAUCAACAUCCGGCACUUGCUGCCAUCAUCAGUGAUUCACAGGGAAUGAAGUUUAGAGAUCGUUCCUACUCGGACUGUCAGCAGGUGCCACGCCGGCAGUGGAUCACCAACACGCCAAGCCCAAAGCGCAUUCCAUACCUGGGAACUCCACCGACUCGUGUCUAAACUGUAUAGAAAUGCAAGCAAAAAAAAAGCUGUGGUACAUCCAUCCAAAAAUGGAUGAAAAAAUAACUAUUCAAAUUUCCCCAGCUAGCCAGUAGGGAAAGAUUGCUAAAAAGUAAACUGUUUCAAUUUUGCAUAGGCUCACGAUAUGCCCCACUAAGGAGUUCAGAUUGAUCAAUUAAAGGUUAGUCCGUGUGAUUUCGUAAAGUGCGCAUACUCCCGCGAUCGUCGUCGUGAAAUGCUACGCAGAAUUUUACUAUUCAUGCCACUCUAGUAGAUUCAUAGGCUUACUGUUGUAAUAGGGCAUAAAACAUAUCAACGAGUGAGUGCAAUAGGUACUGCAAAAAGAAAGUGAACUCGUGAACAUUACAUCGAAGCGAAUUAUUGGGAUUCAAGAAAAAAAAAACCUUGUAUACUAAUUGCUUUAUGCGCCAAAAUUAUUUUUUACGUUUUGAUAAGCAGCUUGCAUUAUUUUUGAUCGAUUGUUGCCUAUUUUUUUAUCAUAAAACGCUGAAAAUAUUUUGCAAAAUUUGUUGGUUGAAAAAAUCGAAUAUAUUAAAUUCAUUCGUUACCGAAACGCUUCAAUACGUAUUUAGAACUGUGUUUGUUGGGCAUAAAUUUGAAUUUGUCCAGGUAAUAAUGCUAUAAGCCCUCGAAAUGCGAACUAGAUCAAAACGAUCUCGGCAAACGCGUAGAAACGCACUGGCCUCCAGUUUACGCUACUGCACAUUAGAUGCGAAAAGCAACUGAAGCAUGUGUUCAUGAUAAUAAUCAAAUCGUACGAUAUUCGAGAGUUUCACCGCUGAAUAAAAACAAAAACAACUUUGUAGAACAAACCGUGUUAGUGAAUAAAAGUACUAUCGAAAA